CAUGGCAUUCCACAUGUUGUGGUGAGUGAUAAUGGUCCAUGUUUUAGUAGCAGAGAAUGGCAAAGGUUUACAGAACUGUAUGAUUUUAAGCAUGUAACAUCAAGUCCACAUUAUGCACAGUCGAAUGGAAAAGCGGAGAAAGAAGUUCAUAUUCUGAAGAAAGCUGCAGAUAAUAACUCUGACCCGUAUUUAGCUUUAUUAAGCUCCAGAUCAUCACCAUUGCAAUGCGGAUUUUGACCUGCUGAACUUUUGAUGAAUCGGAAGAUCUGUACAACUUUGCCAAAUUAUGACAGUAAUGAACAAGGUGCAAAGAAAUCGUCAAAGUAUGUUUAUGGCAGUGACGUAGUAAGAGAACGGGUACGUUACUCCUGAUAGUACAUUUGAAGACGCACCGUUUGAAAGCGUCCCGAUCGCCUCGCCGGUUGACAAAUGGUGCACACCCUUCUGGUGGUAGCCAAUAGGAAUUCAGCACUCAUCGUAACACAGUUCCUGUUGCGUUCACUGAUCAGUAUGAGCUUUUUAACUUACACCUUAUAGAAGUGCCAACAUAAUUUACAGUGCUGCUAAGAUGAAUACAAACGUUCUCUGAUAAAGGUGGAAUUUAAACCCAUGAGAACACAUAGUCUUAUUAUUCCAGGAUCAAUUCAGGUUGGAGAAUAAAACGUAACGUUUGGUAGAACGUUUGUUUUCGUAACACCACUGAAAUGCAGCACCAGCCCGGUAAAGUGGACAGGACAACAUGGCUGCUGCUGCGUCCCGAUACUACGGCGAAGGCGGCAGAGCGACAAAAAGACAGAAAACUGAAGAAGGCGGAAUGACAACGGAAAAUUAUGAAGACCCUCACAAGCCACUACCGUCUUCUGUGGUGCACAUCAGGGGUCUGGUGGAUGGUGUGAUGGAGGCUGACCUGGUGGAGGCGCUACAGGAGUUUGGAACAAUUAGCUAUGUUGUGAUGAUGCCCAAGAAGCGGCAGGCGCUGGUGGAGUAUGAGGACAUGAACGGCUCCUGUAAUGCUGUGACUUACGCAGCUGAAAACCAGGUUUACAUCGCGGGCCACCCCGCCUUCAUCAACUACUCCACCAGUCAGAAAAUUUCCCGGCCGGGCGACUCGGACGACACCCGGAGCGUCAACAAUGUGCUGCUGCUCACAAUCUUGAACCCCAUCUAUCCCAUCACCACGGAUGUCCUCUACACUAUUUGCAACAACUGCGGGCCUGUACAGAGGAUCGUGAUCUUCAGAAAGAAUGGUGUUCAGGCAAUGGUUGAGUUUGAUUCUGUUCAGAGUGCCCAGAGGGCCAAAGCCUCUUUGAAUGGAGCGGACAUCUACUCUGGCUGUUGCACUCUGAAAAUUGAAUAUGCAAAGCCCGCACGCCUUAACGUCUUCAAGAACGACCAGGACACAUGGGAUUACACCAACCCCAACCUAAGUGGCCAAGAUGCAGAUGGUGAAGGCAAUUGGAACAUAUCACAAGAUCCUAACGCCAACCCCAACAAGCGCCAGAGGCAGCCCGCUCUCCUGGGAGACCACCCACCUGAUUACGGAGGUCCGCAAGGAGGAUAUCAUAGCUAUAACGACGACACGUACGGCCCCCCUCCUCCCCAUCGCAUGGGGAUGGGCAUGGGGGGCCGGGGCCGUGGGAGCCAGCGCUACGGUGCAGGCUAUGGGCCGCCCCCGCCCGAGUACGGCCCCCAUGCCGACUCCCCGGUGCUGAUGGUGUACGGCCUGGAGCCAUCCAAGAUCAACGCUGACAGAGUUUUUAACAUCUUUUGUCUGUAUGGCAACAUCGAGAGGGUGAAGUUCAUGAAAAGUAAACCUGGAGCAGCGAUGGUAGAGAUGGGAGAUUGUUACUCUGUGGACCGAGCCAUCAGUCACCUCAACAACACCUUCCUGUUUGGACAGAAGCUCAAUGUUUGCGUGUCCAAGCAGCAGGCCAUUGUACCAGGACAGAGCUACCAGCUAGAGGAUAACACCAGCAGCUUUAAAGACUUCCAUGGAUCUCGGAACAACCGCUUCGCCUCCCCAGAGCAGGCGGCUAAAAACCGAAUCCAGCACCCCAGCAACGUGCUGCACUUCUUCAACGCCCAGCCGGAGAUCACAGAGGAGACCUUCUUCCAAAUAUGCGAGGAAUUGGGAAUUAAAAGUCCUACGAGUAUUAAGCUUUUUACUGGAAAGAGUGAGCGCAGUUCAUCUGGGCUGCUGGAGUGGGAAUCCAUCAACGAUGCCAUGGAAGCGCUAGCUAUGGUGAACCAUUACCAGAUGAAAAAUCCCAGUGGGCCUUAUCCUUACACACUCAAGCUGUGCUUCUCAACCACACACCCUUCCAACUAAUCCGCUCUCCUUCAUUUCUAUUGUUUUUUUUUUUUUUUGCAAUAGACGUCACUCAUUUUGUCUCGUUCUGUUGGAGCACUGUUGACUAAAACUAGGAUUUAUGUGCUUUACAAAAUCUAUCUUAAAUUAUACCUUUUCCUGUUUGUAUUCAUUUUUACUUCAACUGUUUUUGUUUUUUCAAUGAGUUGUUAAUUUUGUAUAUUCACAGUACUAAACUUGACCCCCAACCCCAUGUGUCUGGUUUAUAAAUAAAGUGAUGUUACCGUAAUAUAAUGA